GGAGUAAUUCCCGUCUCCAAUAAUUAAUAAUAUAAUUAACAAAUUAUUAACUAGUUACACGAAGACUAGUUGCGCGAAGCCCCCAACAUGCGCCUAACGUCCGUCGCCUCUGCCGUAGCCCUCGGUGCCGCUGUCGCCGCGGCAAAGGAGCUUCCAAAAGAUGAACGGCUUGGCUUCGAGGUUUAUGACUCUGGCGCUAAGAUGGACGAAAUCAUGGCCAUCAAGCUGGAGCAUUGGCAGGCCGAGUUGGCAGCCGGAGCUUGGAAUUCUUCCCAGUGGCCCAGACUCGGAUACACCAAGUGUGUCAAUGGCGUCGCCGAAGCCAUCAAGGGCGAUCCGCUGAAUACCUUUCGGUGCAAGAAUGUUGACCUCUAUGAUUUUAUCAACCACGCAACGUUGGGCUCGCCCAUGGGUCAGACUGAUGGCUCAACUGGCAGCUCUACGUGGGGAUGGACGGACCCCAAGUCUGGCCGGGAAUUUAUUGCAUCUGGCAUGUAUCAGGGGACCGCCUUUAUUGAGAUCUUACCGAUAGGGAAAAUGCUGCAUGUCGGGUUUCUCCCCUGCCCUGCGCCCCUGGGCCAGAAUGCUCUGUGGAAGGAGAUUCGCCCGUAUAAGAAUUACAUUCUCAUUGGCAGCGAGCUAGUUGGCCAUGGAAUCCAAAUCUUUGACAUGACGAAGCUUCUCAGCAUCGAUGCCCGCAAAGGCCCGCACACCUUUUCGACUUCGGACGUGACCGGCCACUUUACCGACCUACCCCUCGGACGCACCCACAACGUGGUCAUCAACCAGGAGCUGGGCUACGGGGUAGCCGUGGGAGCGGCCCCUCGAACUGACGCAUGCCGAGCUGGCCUCAUCUUUUUCGACCUAACCAACCCUUCCAAGCCCACCAGACUGGGUUGCGAUGGCCAGGACGGCUAUGUCCACGACGCACAAUGUCUGGUCUACCGUGGGCCCGAUACCAGAUACCAAGGCCGUGAUAUUUGCUAUGGGUAUAACGAAGAUACCUUGACCAUUUACGAUGUUACGAACAAGACAAAGCCUACCAUCAUUUCUCGCACAUCUUAUGAGGGAGCAUCGUACACGCACCAGGGGUGGGUACUCGAUGUGAACAAUCAAGAGUACCUGCUGUUGGAUGAUGAGUAUGACGAGUACGAUGUCGUUGGCCCGGGCACAGACGGAUACCCGGUUACCUACAUAUGGGAUAUCCGCAACUUGCAGUCGCCGAAGAAUACGGGCCUCUACAAGGGCACCACGCGGGCCAUCGACCAUAACCAGUACGUGAUUGACGGGCUGUCGUAUCAGUCAAACUACAUGGCAGGGCUGCGUGUCUACGACGUAUCUUCGGUCCCGGCGGACCCCACGGGCGGCGGCGUGUGUGAGAUUGCCUUCUUUGACAUUUUCCCCGAGGAUGACUCGGAGCCUGGCGGGGGCGCCGUCGAGUUCUCGGGUACGUGGGCGUCGUAUGCCUACUUCAAGUCUGGUUUCAUCUUUGUCAACACCAUCGAGCGCGGGGCAUUCCUUGUCAAGAUGACCAAGCGGGAGAAGUGUAAGGCCAAGUCGUGCAACGCCGACAACUGCCUGCGUGCCCUGCGCAGCGAAACAAACCUGGCCGCCAGCCAGCAGUUCUGCGGCGGCUUCACGAAGACAUACGUAGUCGACGUUGCUGUGGUGCCUGCCUAUGCACAGAAGGUUUGCACCACUAACAUUAUCUCGCGGGUCAGCUCGGCUUGCUCGUGCCUGCCCGCGGCGGCAACGGCUGCUGCGCCCUGAAUGGCAAGUGUGAGGCUGGGGGUAAUUGGUAUGAAGGGACAAUAUCUAGGAUGUAAUGAGAACCAGGUAGCGAGAUAUUUGGGACGGCAGAACCAAUAAACCCAUGAUUAAGUUGAUCAGUCAUCCAAUUAGUAGACCCUGAGUACCAUCUUCGUGUUGGAGUGGAUUUACUCUAGCUUAACUCCACAGGUAUUAGGUUCAAAUCAAGCUAGACAAACCUAUACCUAGGAAUAGGCAGGUAGAUUUUUAUUGCUGAAGUAAAUACGUCAUUCGGCUUUCUAACAGCGUUGAUUCGCUCCGGC